AUGCUGUCCCUCAUUUUCGUGCUUGCUGACCUUACCUUGCUGUUGCUUGGCGUCCCCGCAUUCUGUGGCUGUCGCCAAGCGGGCAAAGCGGGGGGUUGUCGGGGAUACCAAGCCAGGUCCGAAGCGCCGGAGGAGGAGCCCAUCGCUAAGCUGCAAGCAGCUGAAAGUUCGGUAUUCGCCUCGCGCUGGGAGCAGUUCACUCCGUAUAUAGCAGAGUUCUGGGGCACCCUCGUGAUCACUGCAACCUUCCUGUGCAAUGUGGAUGGCGCUGGAACGGAUCCUGCUUUCAAGUCCAUAUCUCAGGCUUUCAUGGUGAUCGGGAUCGUUUCAGCCACGAAGCACAUCACCGGGGCCAGCCUCAACCCGUCUGUGAGCUUGGCUUUGGCCCUGGCUGGGCGACAGAAACUGCGGACCGCUGGUUUGCUGUGUGUGGCCCAGAUUGCGGGUGGGCUCACAGCCGCGACGCUGUGUUUUGAGGCGGGUGUGGCCAAAGAGCUGGUCCUCGGCCCUCUGAAGUUUCACAAUUGGGUUCAGGUAGGUCUGUUGGAGAGUCUCUAUGCUUGCAUGCUUUGCCUUGUGUAUUUGAAUUGCGCAGCUUCAACGAAGAACAACCCGAAGGGAGACCAGAAUGGCUUCAUCGGGAUUGCGGUUGGCUGCUGCUACUUAGCUAGUCACAAUGCCGCAGAAGGGAUUUGCAGCACUGUGAGCAAUUCCGCAGUAGCAAUCGGCUUGCUUGUUUAUGGUGCUGGAGGGAUUCACCUCUCUCAUGGUGUAGGCUACUUCCUUUAUGAUUUGUUGGGUGCCUUUUUAGCGGCCGGCAUCUAUCGUGUGCUGCGGCCCAAGGAGUUUGUCAGCUUGUCGAGACUGAAUGAGGAUAAUACUCAAGAAAGCGCAGUGCUGGGUUCGGAGUUCAUAGGUGUCAUCAAGAUUGUCGGGCGAACAGGACCUUGGCCCUCAGGCCUGGGGCACAGCAGCAGCAGUGAUUGCCAUGGUCUGCGUCUGGAAACUCAGAUUCCAUGGGAAGAACAGCUGGGAAUCCGCUGCAAGGCAUUGAGGCGGAUCCCCUUCACUGAGGCUCAAAAUGGAGAUUACCACGAAGAGGAUAGCCCCAGCACAGAUCCUGAGAUGCCGCCUCUGAUCCCGGUGUCUUCAAAUCCAGCUGAGCCUCCUGCAGUUCCUCCGAAAACGGCCCGACAGCUGUUGGCUUCGCAGUUCGAAGCUUUGGCCCGAGGGCGCGGCCGUGGUCGGGGCCGUGGGAAGAAAGCCAAGUCCAAAGCGGCCAAAGCGGCCAAAUCUGAGUCAUCUCGGGCUGCGUCUGAGAAACCCACGGACCUUAGCUGCCUUGCCUCAAUUGGUUCAGCUCCGAUUUUCGUGGGGCCAGGUGCUGCAGCACCCGGCGCCUCGCCCAAAACCGUUGACUUCAGCCGUCGUGCUGGGGAUUUGGCGGCCAUGCUGGAUCAGCUCCCAGCUCCAAGCCUGGAAGCAGUCGACUCCUCGCAGAUCCCGCAACGAAUGCGCUGGACUGAUAGAGCUCGAGAAGAGAUCGAAGUUUCUGCAGCCGCCACUGCCAAAGCGGCAGCAAGUCAACAGGAUGAACUGCUGAAUCCAGCUGAUCUGAUGAAUGCGGAUGCAUCGGACAGUGAAGGUGAUGUCGACGAGGAUGAGGAUGACGAGGAUGAAGAAAACACCGCCAAAAAGUCUGCCAGAUCCUGCCGCCCGGCACUGCGCGACCUGGCGCGGGAGCUGCCGCCAGGGGCGCCGCAGGCCGAAAGCGCCACAGAGGAAGUGCUGCAGGCCGUGGCAGCGGCCGGCGAAGGCGUUUCUCCUCAACCUGGUGGCAGUUCCUUUGGUCCUCGCUUCAAAAACCUCUCCAAGUCGGAGCUGACGGUGGCGCGACAGAAGUGGCAGCUCCACAGUCUGGCAGGUGUGGAGGCUACCAGCUCUGAACAGAAUCGUCGUGCAGCGGAGGAGCUCUUCGCUGCGUUGAAGGCGCGGCGCCCUGCCGCAGAAGCUGCAGCCGAGCCAGAGCCUGCGCCGGCCAAGCCUGUGUUCCGGAAGCGGGUCGCUCCGGAAGCGAAAGCGGCUGAAGCGAGUGCGCGACCGGAAGCCUUCACUACGCCAGGUGUUCGCAUCCUCGAAGAAUGCAUCGCUGGAAGAGGCGCUCGGCGCAAGGCUGAGACGCUGCCCGAGAGCGCGCGCCCCGUGGCGAAGCGCCGGAUGGUGAAGAUGCUGACUGAUGCGGCAGAAGUCCGCGCGCAAGAAAAGCGAUGUGAGCCUUGCUGGGGACAUGCUUUAGCCACAACUUUCGCCGCGACCCGACAGGCGUUGCGCGACGUCUCCGGAGCACACUUCAACCCAGCUGUGACGCUGGCUGUGCGCUGCAGUGGCCGAUCGCCAGCAGAGGCGACCGGGUACCUCCAUUUAUCUAGGCAUAUACUAAUAUAUUAUAAUGAGGUCACCCGACCUCACUCCGAAAGAAGGACCUACCCGACCUAG